UCUAUUCCCACCCCGCCUCCUCAUCGUCGCGCUCACGCACGCGAGCUCCAACAUCCCCGCCCCCCCGCUGCCGCGCCACACCAGCACCAGCACCGCACUCCACCGCCCCCGUCCCCCGUUUCCCCCACGCGCGUCGCUGUCGCUCGCCACCGGCGCCUUCGCUUCCCCCGCACGGAACCUCUCGAGCAGGCAGCCGCCGUCCCCCCCCCCCCCCCCCCCCCCCCCCCCGCGCGCUAUAAGUCGAAGGCACACCCCCCGCGGCCAUGGCGCCCGCACCGGCAUCCCUUUCCGCGCCCCGCUCCCUCUCGCUGCUCGCGCCCGCCGCUAGAGUCUCCCCCGGGAGGUGGAGCGGUCUGUCGGUCUCCGUCGCGGCCCGCGCCGUGACCGGGGUGGCGGCGUCCGCGCAGAGGCGGCUGGUCGCGGCGGCGGCGGCGACGGAGAUGGCGCCCGCGGCGAGCGGGGAGGAGGGCGGGAAGCCGUUCGUGGAGGAGAUGCGGGCGGUCGCCAUGAAGCUGCACACCAAGGACCAGGCGCGGGAGGGGGAGAAGGAGCCGGACGCGCCGCCCGUCGCCAAGUGGGAGCCCUCCGUCGAGGGCUACCUCCGCUUCCUCGUCGACAGCAGGCUCGUCUUCCAGACGCUCGAGGACAUCGUCGACCGCGCCGCCGUCCCGUGGUAUGCUGAGUUUCGGAAUACCGGGUUGGAGAGAUCAGAGGCACUCAAGAAGGAUCUGGAGUGGUUCAAGGAACAGGGCCACACAAUUCCAGAACCAUCAGAUCCUGGCACUACAUAUGCUUCCCUUCUGGAAGAGCUGUCUGAGAAGGACCCCCAGGCAUUUAUCUGCCAUUUCUAUAAUGUGUACUUUGCACAUACUGCAGGAGGCCGAAUGAUUGGAAAAAAGGUUUCCGAGAAGAUUCUGAACAAGAAGGAGCUGGAGUUCUACAAGUGGGAGGGCAAUCUCUCCCAGCUGCUGCAGGACGUCCGCAACAAGCUUAACCAAGUUGCAUCGAGCUGGUCUCGGGAGGAGAAGGACCACUGCCUGGAGGAGACGGAGAAGUCCUUCGCCUACUCUGGGGCGCUCCUCCGCCACAUAUUCACCUGACUUAGCAUUGCCCUCUGAUCCAAAUCACAAUUCACAAAACGCUGUAAAUACAUUAUCCAUGACUGUUUCGACUUUGUUACUGGGGCGGUGGUGGGAUCUCCUCCACCAGGUACGAUUUACCUUUCAGACAAAAUGCCAAAGUGUUAAAUAAACCACAGCCCCCAUUCUCCCA